AUGGCGAACCUGGAAGAAAUAUGGAAAAGGAAGAGAGAUGAAGAAAAGGAGGAAGAAGUAGAGAAGGGGCAAGGGGGAGGGGGUAACAGGGAAACAGACAAAUGGAUGUUUAAAGAAAGCAUGCUGAUAGGGAGGUCACCGGAAAAGAAAAAGGAAAGAAAGGAAGAAGGGGGAGGGAUGGGAGAAGUAAAAGAGCUAAUAAGAGAAAUGAACAAAAACCUAGGAGGAAAAAUGGAGAGGAUGGACACAAAUAUGAAGCUGCUAGGGAAGGAUAUAAGAAGAGAGAUGGAGCAACUAAGAGAGGAAAUGAGAAGAAGAGAAGAGGAAUGGAUAGAGCAGAAAAGAGACCUGGAGGGGAAGAUGGAAAAGAUGAUGAAGAAAAUGGAGGAGAUAGAAAGAAGGGAAGGGGAGGACGAGAGAUGGAAAGAGAUAGAAGAAAGAAUGCUAAAGGCAACGCAAGAUGCAACAGGAAGUAGAAGAGAGGAGUCAAGAGGGGGAAAAAUAGAAGAGAAACUGAAGGAGAUAGAAAGAAAACUGGAGAGGAAGGAGAAAGAAGAGAGAAGGAAAAACAUAAUAAUUAAAGGAACAAAAACGAAAAGGGAGGAGAUGAAAGAAAAAGCAGAAGAGAUCUUAAAGGUCACGGGGGUAGAGGGCGCAAUAGAGGAGGUAAAAGCGGUGGGACCAGUAGAGAAGGGAAAGGAAUUAUACAUGAUGCAAGUAAAAGUAAAGACUGUCGAGCUGAAGAGGAAAAUAAUGGAGAACAAAAGGGCGCUAAAGGGAAGAGAAGAGAGAAUAGAAGAUGACCUAACCUGGGAGGAAAGGAGAACACAGUGGACAUUAAGAAGAAUCGCAAGAGGAGAAAGAGAGAAAGGAAAAAACGUAUGGGUAGACUCCAAGAAAAUAAGAAUAGAAGGGAAAUGGUGGAAAUGGGACGACGACAAGGGUGUACUAAUGGACGGGGAGGGGAACGAAUGGAAACCCACCCAGGAAGGGGAGCAGAAGAAGGGGGAAGAGGGGAAAGGGACAUAG